GUCGCUCCCAUCAGCCCUCGCGGGCCGGGCCUCCAUUUGCGGACCCGGCCGGCGGGACGACGGAGCGGUCCCCGGACUCCAUUUCCCGGCAGGCCGCGCGGCGCGGGACUGCAUUUCCCAGCAGGCUCCGGGCGGCGGGCGCCGCAGUGCCUUGUGUGGGAUGUAAGCGCGGAGGCCGAGGCCCGCCGCCAUGGGGCUGAAGGCCGCCCAGAAGACGCUGUUCCCGCUGCGCUCCAUCGACGACGUGGUGCGGCUGUUCGCCGCCGAGCUGGGCCGCGACGAGCCCGACCUGGUGCUGCUGUCGCUGGUGCUGGGCUUCGUGGAGCACUUCCUCGCCGUCAACCGCGUCAUCCCCACCAACGUGCCCGAGCUCAGCUUCCAGCCCAGCCCCGCGCCCGACCCCCCCGGCGGCCUCACCUACUUCCCGGUGGCCGACCUGUCCAUCAUCGCCGCGCUGUACGCGCGCUUCACGGCGCAGAUCCGCGGCGCCGUCGACCUGUCGCUGUACCCGCGCGAGGGCGGCGUGUCCAGCCGCGAGCUGGUGAAGAAGGUCUCGGAUGUCAUCUGGAACAGCCUCAGCCGCUCCUACUUCAAGGACCGGGCGCACAUCCAGUCCCUCUUCAGCUUCAUCACAGGCACCAAGCUGGACAGCUCCGGGGUGGCUUUCGCGGUGGUGGGGGCCUGCCAGGCCCUGGGCCUCCGAGAUGUCCACUUGGCCCUGUCUGAGGACCACGCCUGGGUGGUGUUCGGGCCCAACGGGGAGCAGACGGCAGAGGUCACCUGGCACGGGAAGGGCAACGAGGACCGCCGGGGCCAGACCGUCAACGCGGGAGUGGCCGAGCGGAGCUGGCUCUACCUGAAAGGGUCGUACAUGCGCUGUGACCGCAAGAUGGAGGUGGCUUUCAUGGUGUGUGCCAUCAACCCUUCCAUCGACCUGCACACGGACUCCCUGGAGCUUCUGCAGCUGCAACAGAAGCUGCUUUGGCUGCUAUAUGACCUGGGACAUCUGGAGAGGUACCCUAUGGCGCUGGGCAACCUCGCGGAUCUGGAGGAGCUGGAACCCACCCCCGGCCGGCCAGACCCCCUCUCUCUCUACCACAAGGGCAUCGCCUCCGCCAAGGCCUACUACCGCGACGAGCACAUCUACCCGUACAUGUACCUGGCGGGCUACCACUGCCGCAACCGCAACGUGCGGGAGGCCCUGCAGGCCUGGGCCGACACGGCCACCGUCAUCCAGGACUACAACUACUGCCGUGAGGACGAGGAGAUCUACAAGGAAUUCUUCGAGGUGGCCAAUGACGUCAUCCCCAACCUGCUGAAGGAGGCCGCCAGCCUGCUGGAGGCUGGGGAGGAGCGCCAGGGGGAGCAGACCCAGGGCCCCCAGGGCCAGGGCUCGGCCCUCCAGGACCCCGAGUGCUUCGCCCACCUGCUGCGCUUCUACGACGGCAUCUGCAAGUGGGAGGAGGGCAGCCCCACGCCCGUGCUGCACGUGGGCUGGGCCACCUUCCUGGUGCAGUCCCUGGGCCGCUUCGAGGGGCAGGUGCGGCAGAAGGUGCGCAUUGUGAGCCGGGAGGCCGACGCCGCCGAGGCCGAGGAGCCGUGGGGCGAGGAGUCCCGGGAAGGCCGGCGGCGGGGGCCCAGGCGCGAGUCCAAGCCCGAGGAGCCGCCCCCGCCCAAGAAGCCCGCGCUGGACAAGGGCCCCGGCCCCGCCCCGGGCGCGGCCCCCGCCCCUCCCCGCAAGCCCCCGGCCGCGGCCACGGCCCCCCUCACGGCGCGGGGCCCCGAAGGCGGCGGCGCCACCCCGGCCCCUGCGCCCGCCGUGUCGCCGCCCCCGGAGGGCCCGGUGCUGACUUUCCAGAGCGAGAAGAUGAAAGGCAUGAAAGAGCUGCUCGUGGCCACCAAGAUCAACUCCAGCGCCAUCAAGCUGCAGCUCACGGCGCAGUCGCAGGUGCAGAUGAAGAAGCAGAAGGUGUCUGCGCCCAGCGACUACACGCUCUCCUUCCUCAAGCGCCAGCGCAAGGGCCUCUGAGCCGGGCAGGGCCCCCAGGGCAGACUCCGCCCCGGGCCCGGCAGGGCCCCCUGGCGCCCCUGGCAGGUCGACCCCACCUGGCCCAUAGGUGUGACUCGCCUGCCCCCCGCCAGGGACCCCAGAGCCUAAGAAGCACAGGUCCUCCUUCGGACCCCGGACCCCGCUGCUCUGAGAACUUGUCCGCACUUGAGAAUUCCAGCCCUCGGGAGUACAAGCCCCCUGCCUCCCCGCCCCCACCCAAGCCCCCAGGACCCAGUGCCCCGCCCGGCCAGUGGGAGCCGCCUCCCUUCGCCCCUUCGUGACCCCACCUGCUCCCGGCCCUGUGGGAACCGCCUCGCGGGGACCCCAGAGGAAACCUGCGGGGGGGGGGGGGGCGUUGCGAGUGGGUGGGGCCCAGUCGCUUCCUCUUUUGUACAUAG